AUGGGCACCUUAGAGGGCCAGGAGAGCUACAGCCUCCAAGCCACGGCCACCAUCGCUGCGGUCACCACUUUCCUGAUCCUGUUCACCAUCUUCGGCAACGUCCUGGUGAUCAUCGCCGUCUUGACCAGCCGGUCCCUGAAGGCUCCUCAGAACCUCUUCCUGGUGUCCCUGGCGGCUGCGGACAUCCUGGUGGCCACCCUCAUCAUCCCCUUCUCCCUGGUCAACGAGCUGAUGGGCUACUGGUACUUCAGCAAGAGCUGGUGCAAAUCCUACCUGGCGCUGGAUGUCCUCUUCUGCACGGCUUCCAUUGUGCAUCUCUGUGCCAUCAGCCUGGACCGCUACUGGUCGGUCAGCCAGGCCAUCGAGUACAAUUUCAAGAGGACCCCCCGGCGAAUAAAGUGCAUCAUCCUGGUGGUGUGGCUGAUUUCGGCCUUGAUCUCCCUGCCCCCGCUGGUCCUCAAGGAGAACCAGGGCCAGGCCCAAGAGGACGUACCCACGUGCGAACUUAACAAAGAGCCGUGGUAUGUCCUGUCCUCCAGCACCUGCUCCUUCUUUGCUCCCUGUGUCAUCAUGAUUUUGGUGUAUCUCAGGAUCUAUUUUAUAGCCAGGCGCCGGAACAGACACGGCUCUCAAGCUCAGGUGCCCAAAGAGAAAGCCGGAGACGAGAAGCCACCGAACAAGGUGAGCCCACCUGAUGCUGCUCUUCCCAAGCAGGACCAGGCAAGGCCAGGAGGGAAAGUGGAGUCCAAUGGACUUCAGGUCCCUCCUCAGGAAGGCGACCAAGCAGACUCCCAUUCGGUCUCCACCAAAACCUUUUCUCUCCAAAGCCAGGAUGGCAGAGCCCCAGAGCCAGACUCUGCCGGUAGCCCUUCCCCAUCCUUGCCAGAGAAGAAACCAUCUUCGGAAUCCAGCCCCGUGGACUGCCUGCCCCGGAACAACGUCCAGAGAAGCAACGGAGCUCCUUCCAGCUCUCCACCAGCCAUGGACACCUUGGCCACGGCCAGAGGGGAGGUCCUGCUGGUGAGGAAAGUGAAGACCCUCAGUGCCAACCCCUGGAAGAGGAAGACCCACCUCAACCGAGAGAAGAGAUUCACCUUUGUUCUCACGGUGGUGAUUGGGGUUUUUGUGAUUUGUUGGUUCCCCUUUUUUUUCCUCUACAGCCUGCGGGCCAUCUGCCCCUCGGACUAUUGCUCCAUCCCGGAGAGCACCUUCAAGUUUUUCUUCUGGAUCGGCUACUGCAAUAGCUCCUUGAACCCCGUCAUCUACACCAUCUUCAACCAGGACUUCCGCAAAGCCUUCCGGAAGAUUCUCUGCCGGCAGUGGACUCAAACGGCUUGGUGAGACCGGCUGCAAUCCAACCCCCGGGAGAGACAAAGAGGGAACGUGGUUUGGGUCCACAGGGAACUCUGUAAACAAAAGCCAGAAACCUAUUUAUUUGGGGCCUUUUGUGUUUGCAGGUGAGGGAGCGAGGUGAGUGCUGGAUGUAACGUGGCUUUUUUAGAAAGUUUAUUUUGCCUCAGCAGUGGGGAAGCAAGUGUGUGUAAGUUCCAGGGAGACCAGCAUGUGUAGAAACCUCCGCACAUGGACAUGUUUUCUGCCAAUGUAUGUUUUUCCACUAAAAUGACUUGCC